CAGAAUAAUUCCCGCCCAUCAGUUCAAAAUGAGGCUGUAGGUUAGCAGAGCCAAGACCAGCGAAACGUCGGUUCCGGGACGUCGCUCAACCUGUCCUGUAUUAUGAGUUCCCAGUCUUUAGCUUAGAGAGAGGCGCCUAGAGUCAUUCCUUCGCACUGUUGCAAGCGUUUCUGUUUGGAAGCGAUGUUGAAACCAUUCCCUAUGAUCGGAGGCUGGAGAAAGUUGCCUGCGCCGAGAUUCUUGUUCUGCUCCUCGCUUUACUACCCAACCUAACCACCCUUAUGGCCGAUGGAGACCCUUUUGACAGGUUUCUUCCGCCAUCCGCUUUCAGAGUAUUUGGUAUCAGCAGUAUCAAACUUAGGACGCUAUAUGCAACUCACCUCCCCCAUGCAAUUGUGGACGUGGCGCCGAAUCUGGAUGAGAGGAUGAUCGGAUCCCGUUGGCGGGUGAGACACGUCCCAAGUCCUGGGACGAUACUGGACUGGAUAGCAGGUCAAGAAGUCAAACAAAAGGAGCCACUCCCUACAGACUGGAUACCCGUGAUCUGGUGAAGUUACUCACCUCUUACAGACAACCUCUGCGGUCUUUUCGAUUUGAGAUGGGAGAGGUUAAGAACUAUCCUACUCUGUCACGCCCCUGCUUCGGCCAUCUUGCCAGCUUCCACACGAGUCUUCAAUUUCUCCACCUAAACUUUCGGGCUCACACCACUCUCUUCGGGCCCACAAGGAGAACUCUAAAGAAGUUUACUAAGCUGAAGGAUCUCUACAUAACCACGAACCUCAUCUAUCCUAGGUCUGGCGUCGGAAUUCCAAAUGAGAGGUCUCUUGUCGACUUCUUGCCCGGUAAUAUUGAGAAGUUGACACUGGUCGACUGCUCAACAUCUCAAUCUACUAUCAAUGCCCUCGGAGCGGGAAUUAUUGGUUUGUCGGUGGAGAGGGGAAAAGGGUUGUUUCCUAAACUGAUCCGACCGAUUGUCGAGCAAUUUAGCCAUCCAGCAAUGGAGGACUUGUAACGUCAGCAAGGCGACGUUUUGACAUAUAAUGAGGCAAUGUUGUGGGUAGUUGGUAUACUGUCUGAAGUGUGUUUUUGAGAGUGUUGUUUUGAGUUGAUAGACCUAACAGCUAAUGUUGUAUCGCGCGCCUGACCUCGACAUACAAGGGGUUUCAUGGACCACAUUUAAUAAGCUAACCUCGUCGACUGUGCAAGUCUCUCUAUAAUGUAUCUGAAUAUAUAGCUUAGGUUAGCAUAAUACCUCUAUAAAACUUAAAAUUACAAAAAAG